UCAAGACUCUCAGGACGGCUUGAGCAUCAUGGCUAGCAAGGCUAAGCCAACCGCAGGAAAGUCGUCCCGCAAGGCAAAGACUUCGAGAGGCCGUGGCACAGAGGGCAAGGCUGGCGGCGCUGGAGGACUCGGUGCCAAAGCAGGCACCAGUUCUGGCCGCAAUGGGGAUGGCGUCAGCUCGAACGGCCCAGGCACACGGCCUACCCCAGGGCAGAGAAGGAACGUCACGGAAGACCUCACCCAGCAGGAGACGGCCCCCAAGAGCCCUAUUAGCGAAUACCGGUUCGAUGCUUUUGAAAGCGCUGCCAGUGACGCUCUGCCGAAGGCCGCGGCUUCGUCGAGCUCCCUCCAACAACCCAAAGUCGGCACUUCUAGCAAGCCGAAGUUGGACGCCGGGAGCACGGGGGUCGCGGUUGUGAACCUGAAGGGUGGUAGGCCUAAGCCUAAGCCUAAGGACCGCGUCGCCAGCCCUAAACCAGACGCCGGUGCCGCCAGAGGAAGGGCCACCGCUGUGAGACCGAAACCCACCAAAGCCGGCGGCACUGAGCCUGACCGUUCACCAAUGUCCAGCCCGAGGCCCGCCGUCGUGAAGUCCGCCAUGCCAAACUCGAAGCCAGAGCCCAUCGGAACGCCGCAGGGGACCGUGAAUCUGAGCAGCGGCGCGCCAAGUCCGAACAGCCCUGUCGCGAGUGCCAAGGACCGUGGCGUCGUCAGUCCCAGGAAGGGCGUCAUGAGUCCCAAGAAAGGCGUCGCGAGUCCCAGCAAGGGGGUCACGAGUCCCAGCAAGGGCGUCACAAGUCCAAAGACGACGGGACCGAGCACUGCCGUUAUUGGCGGGACCAGUCCUCGCACGGCUGGCUCCCUCCCGACGUCGGAGAAGCGCGGCAAGAGCAAGGCGCAUGGUCGCGUGCCUAUCUCGGCCGCCGCCGACGGCGUCGAAGGAGGGAAAAACGACGAGGAGGCGGCCGCCAGCAAGCGCCAUCACAGCAGGCGCAGAUCGAGGGUGGUGGCGGCCCUGGCCAAGUUCCGCAAGUCUCUGAAGCCUCAAAAGGAAGGAACCGGCGGCUCUAAAAGCAGCUCGGAGACCACGCUGAGCAGCAAGGACCAGAUGUCUCUGUUCGUGGUGUUGACUGUGACCGGGUUCCUCGCAGCCUUCGUGGCCAUCCUAAUCUUCGUUUUCUUCGUCGGCGGCACCAGCAUACCCGAGACCAUCGCAUGCGUCACCGAUGAGUGCUCGGACGCCAUGGAGUACCUGAACAACCUGCUCAACUACACCAGGGACCCGUGCACCGACUUUUACGGCCACGUGUGCGGUUCGUGGCAGAGGAAAGGAGGCAGCUUCUACGGCGACGCAAAGCUGGACGCGCUCUUCAGGCUCAACGCGACGCUCCUUCAGGCGCGGCAGAUCAAGCGCGCUGAGGAAAUACGUCACGGCAUGCACCUCCUGAGACCCAUAUACAGCGCCUGCUACAAGUUCAUGUCAGAGCCAGUGAUACUGGAGGACGCGCUGAACGAUGCGCUGAAGUACCUCGACAUCGCGCAGCUGAUGAAGGCAGCGCGGUUCUUCGAUGUGGUGCGCUACCUCGUGCGACAAUCUAUGCAGGUUGGCAUUUCCACGCUGUUCAACGUCCGGUUAAUCUCCGAGGCUGGCCGCCCCAUGCUGUACAUAACCGAGGGCUACAGUCUGUCGAACAAGCUCGGACAGCCGUUCAACGCGACUCGCGAGAGCUUCGAUAGAAUCCUCAAGCCAUGCCGGAAGCCGGUGUUAGAAAUAGAGGAGAAAGAGCGUGAUGAAAAAUUCAUCGACGACCACGAUACUCCCUAA